AUGGACCACAGGCAAUAUUUCCCCAUGUUUUCGCCCGAAAGUAUCGGCUCGUCUCUUCUGAGCACAUUUGAUCAGCAGCCACAAACUCCUCAGCCACAAACUUCGUUGUCUACAGAUUUGCAGUCGUCUAAAGAUCUUCAGUCGUCUACACUUCAAUCGUCUACUCAGCUCACUGCUCAGACGACGUUUGAGGAUCCUUCUUUCUCGACGUCGAUGGGAUCCGAGGGUGAGUUUUCGCCUGUUUCGGCUGAUUCCUCGACUGGUGGAACCAGUGGAACCAGUGGAGCAAGUGGGGCCAGUGGACCGGAGGCUGCCCUGGACCGCAGAAAACUGACUGAUAAUCAACUUUACCAACGACGUAAAGCUCAAAACAGAGCAGCACAAAGGGCAUUUAGAGAACGAAAGGAAGGAAAGCUCAGAGAACUGAGCGCCAAGUUGGAUAUGGCGGAAUCGGAGAAACGGGAACUGCAAAAGCAGUUGCAAGACCUAAAGCAGAAGAAUUCGAUGCUUGAUAUGGAGAAUAAGCUGCUACACAAGGAUUCUACGUCACCACCACAGCACUUGAGCCCUUCCAAUGGAUCUUUUGCAUUUCCUCAGUUUACUAGAGAAAAGUUCAUUGAAGGGUCUGUGGAUAUGAAUAAACACAUCUGGAAUGAUGAUAUGCUAGGAAGUAAGAGAUAUGAUGUUGAUCAUACUUCGUUGUUAACGGCAAGCGCAGUUUGGGAUUACUUGGUUGAAUUUGGCAAGAUGAAUGAAGAGAUCGAAGUGGAUAUACCUGGAAUAAUGAACGAUCUUAAGGGUAAAGAGGUUUGCCACGGUUAUGGACCUGCUUAUUCGCUUGGUUUGGUAACCGCUACAUUGAAAAAACAUAUAAUAAAGUGA